CAAUUCUCCCUUCACACUCACAGCCCUCCUUUGUAACUUCCUUUGUCAAAUUCUCUCAGGAAUGGCUGCCAAUACACUGAUGAGCUGCGGCAUCGCAGCCGUGUACCCCUCAGUCCUCUCCUCUUCCAAGUCCAAGUUCGCUGCCGCGCUGCCGCUACCAAAUGGUGGCGCCUCCGCUUCCGGCCGCUUCACCAUGACGGCCGAUUGGAUGCCCGGCCAGCCAAGGCCUCCCUACCUUGAUGGCUCAGCACCUGGCGACUUCGGAUUUGAUCCGCUUCGGCUCGGUGAGGUGCCAGAAAACCUUGAAAGAUACAAGGAGUCUGAGCUGAUUCACUGCAGAUGGGCUAUGCUUGCUGUUCCAGGAAUGCUAGUUCCAGAGGCCUUGGGAUUAGGCAACUGGGUAAAAGCUCAAGAGUGGGCAGCCAUCCCUGGGGGACAAGCCACCUACUUAGGCCAGCCAGUGCCAUGGGGCACCCUCCCCACCAUCCUGGUCAUCGAAUUCCUCGCCAUCGCCUUCGUGGAGCACCAACGAAGCAUGGAGAAGGACCCCGAGAAGAAGAAGUACCCUGGUGGGGCUUUCGACCCAUUGGGAUACUCUAAGGACCCGAAGAAGUUUGAGGAAUACAAGGUCAAAGAAAUCAAGAACGGAAGGUUGGCCUUGUUGGCUUUUGUGGGCUUCUGUGUACAGCAGUCGGCUUAUCCGGGAACCGGGCCAUUGGAGAACUUGGCAACUCAUUUGGCUGAUCCAUGGCACAACAACAUUGGAGAUAUCAUCAUCCCUAGAUCGAUUUCUCCUUGAAUUUUUUCUAUCCAUAUACCCACUUGUAUAACUCCCAUGUAACCAUCUGUAUUGAGUCGGAACUCCAUGUGUUUGAUAUGUGUUAUGCGUAGAACUGGCGGUGCCUUAACGUGGCCUGUGUCUACUGGUAGCUCACUGCAGGAGAGCUGCUCAUCUUCUUUAUUAAUUUGACGACUACUCUGGGCCUCUGGCAUAUAUAUGUA